CUCCCCUCGCCGCCAACUCGGGAACGGGAGCAGGAGGCCAUUGGAAAACUUUGGGCAAGAUGGCCCGGCGGUGAUUUCCGCGCCCGUCUCUCCUGCGCCCGGCCUCUGCGCCGCAGGCCCAGCUCCCAAGCCUCGCACGUGCUGCAGCCCCGGCCCGGCCCCGGCCCCCACUGCCCAUGGCGGUGGCCGAGCUGUACACGCAGUACAACAGGGUCUGGAUUCCCGAUCCUGAAGAAGUUUGGAAGUCUGCUGAAAUAGCCACGGACUACAGAGUUGGUGACAAGGUCCUGCGACUCCUGCUGGAGGAUGGAACGGAGCUGGAUUAUCCCGUCAAUCCAGAAUCUCUGCCUCCACUUCGGAAUCCUGACAUCCUCGUGGGCGAGAAUGACCUCACGGCUCUCAGCUAUCUCCAUGAGCCCGCGGUGCUCCACAACCUCAGGAUCCGCUUUGCAGAAUCCAAACUCAUUUACACCUACAGUGGAAUCAUUUUGGUGGCCAUGAAUCCUUAUAAGCAGUUGCCAAUAUACGGUGAUGCCAUCAUCCACGCCUACAGCGGGCAGAACAUGGGCGAUAUGGACCCACACAUAUUUGCCGUGGCAGAAGAGGCAUACAAGCAGAUGGCCAGAAACAACAGAAACCAGUCCAUAAUUGUAAGUGGAGAGUCGGGUGCUGGAAAGACAGUGUCAGCUCGCUAUGCCAUGAGGUACUUCGCCACCGUCAGCAAAUCGGGCAGCAACGCUCACGUGGAGGACAAGGUCCUGGCGUCCAAUCCCAUCACCGAGGCUGUCGGAAAUGCCAAGACCACCCGCAAUGACAAUAGUAGUCGGUUUGGGAAAUACACAGAAAUCAGUUUUGAUAAACAAAAUCAAAUUAUAGGAGCCAACAUGAGAACUUACCUCCUGGAGAAAUCCAGAGUUGUCUUUCAAUCGGAAAAUGAACGAAAUUACCACAUUUUCUAUCAGCUUUGUGCAUCUGCACAGCAGUCGGAAUUUAAACAUCUUAAAUUGGGGAGUGCCGAAGAAUUUAAUUAUACGAGAAUGGGAGGCAAUACUGUCAUUGAGGGUGUGAAUGAUCGAGCUGAAAUGGUAGAGACUCAAAAGACCUUCACGCUACUGGGUUUCAAGGAGGAUUUUCAGAUGGACGUUUUUAAAAUCCUGGCAGCCAUCCUACAUCUGGGCAACGUGCAGAUCACCGCGGUGGGCAACGAGAGGUCCUCAGUUAGUGAGGAUGACAGUCACCUGAAGGUGUUCUGUGAGCUCCUGGGCCUGGAGAGUGGCAGAGUUGCUCAGUGGCUGUGCAAUCGCAAAAUCAUCACAAGCUCUGAGACGGUGGUAAAACCCAUGACCAGGCCUCAGGCUGUCAACGCCAGGGAUGCACUGGCCAAAAAGAUCUAUGCUCACCUGUUCGACUUCAUUGUGGAGAGAAUUAACCAAGCGUUGCAGUUUUCAGGCAAGCAGCACACUUUUAUUGGUGUUUUGGACAUUUAUGGUUUUGAAACCUUUGAUGUGAACAGCUUUGAACAAUUUUGCAUCAAUUAUGCUAAUGAAAAACUGCAACAACAGUUUAACAUGCAUGUCUUCAAACUGGAACAAGAAGAAUACAUGAAGGAAGAUAUCCCUUGGACACUGAUAGAUUUCUAUGACAAUCAACCGGUUAUUGACCUGAUUGAAGCAAAAAUGGGAAUUCUGGAGUUACUGGAUGAAGAAUGUUUGUUACCACAUGGAACUGAUGAAAACUGGCUUCAAAAGCUGUAUAAUAAUUUUGUCAACAAGAACCCUUUGUUUGAAAAGCCUAGAAUGUCGAACACAUCCUUUGUCAUCCAGCACUUUGCUGAUAAGGUAGAGUAUAAAUGUGAAGGCUUCCUGGAGAAAAACAGAGAUACCGUCUACGACAUGCUGGUUGAAAUCCUGAGAGCAAGCAAGUUUCAUCUCUGUGCCAACUUUUUUCAAGAAAAUCCAGCUCCUCUUUCUCCUUUUGGUUCAAUGAUUACAGUUAAAUCUGCAAAGCAAGUCAUCAAGUCAAACAGCAAGCAUUUCCGGACCACGGUUGGGAGCAAGUUCCGCAGCUCUCUGUACUUGCUCAUGGAGACCCUCAAUGCGACAACGCCCCACUAUGUUCGAUGCAUCAAGCCAAAUGAUGAGAAGUUACCCUUUGAAUUUGACUCCAAAAGAAUUGUUCAGCAGCUGCGAGCCUGCGGUGUUUUAGAAACGAUUCGCAUUAGUGCACAGAGCUACCCUUCCAGGUGGACAUACAUUGAGUUCUACAGUCGCUACGGCAUUCUCAUGACCAAGCAAGAGCUUUCCUUCAGCGAUAAAAAGGAGGUGUGCAAGGCGGUUUUACACAGACUCAUUCAGGAUUCUAAUCAGUACCAGUUUGGUAAAACCAAAAUUUUCUUCAGAGCAGGACAAGUGGCUUAUUUAGAGAAACUUCGAUUGGAUAAACUGAGGCAGAGUUGUGUUGUGAUACAAAAGCACAUUCGUGGCUGGCUCCAGAGGAAAAAAUUCCUCCGGGAGAGACGAGCCGCCCUGAUAAUCCAGCGGUACUUCCGGGGUCAGCAAACCGUGAGGAAAGCUAUUACUGCAGUGGCCUUAAAAGAAGCCUGGGCAGCCAUAAUCAUUCAGAAGCACUGCCGCGGGUAUCUUGUUCGCAACCUGUAUCAGCUGAUUCACGUGGCCACCAUCACCAUCCAGGCCUACACCCGAGGAUUCCUGGCAAGGAGGAGGUAUCGAAAGAUGCUGGAGGAACACAAGGCUGUGAUCCUGCAGAAAUACGCACGGGCGUGGCUGGCCAGACGCAGAUUCCAGAGUAUCCGACGAUUUGUGCUCAAUAUUCAGCUUACUUACAGGGUCCAGCGUUUGCAGAAAAAACUGGAAGAUCAGAACAAAGAAAACCACGGGCUGGUAGAGAAGCUGACCAGCCUGGCUGCUCUUCGAGCCGGGGAUGUGGAAAAGAUUCAGAAGCUGGAAGCAGAACUAGAAAGAGCAGCCGCCCACAGGCGAAGUUAUGAGGAGAAAGGGAAGAGAUACAGGGGUGCUGUGGAGGAGAAGUUGGCAAAGCUUCAGAAGCAUAAUUCAGAACUGGAAACACAGAAAGACCAAAUACAGCUGAAGCUUCAAGAGAAGACUGAAGAGUUGAAAGAAAAAAUGGACAACCUCACCAAGCAGCUCUUUGAUGAUGUACAAAAGGAAGAACGGCAAAGAAUGCUUCUUGAAAAAAGUUUUGAACUGAAAACACAAGACUAUGAGAAGCAGAUUCAGUCUUUGAAAGAAGAAAUUAAAGCUCUCAAGGAUGAGAAGACGCAACUCCAACAGCUGGUAGAGGAGGAGCACGUCACUUCUGAUGGCUUGAAGGCAGAAGUGGCCCGCCUGAGCAAGCAGGCCAAGACAAUCUCUGAGUUCGAAAAAGAGAUACAGCUACUUCAGGCACAGAAGAUAGAUGUGGAGAAACAUGUGCAGUCACAAAAACGGGAAAUGAGAGAAAAGAUGUCAGAGAUCACCAAACAACUUCUCGAAAGCUAUGACAUUGAAGAUGUAAGAAGCAGGCUCUCUAUGGAAGAUUUGGAACAUUUAAAUGAGGAUGGAGAACUUUGGUUUGCUUAUGAAGGACUGAAGAAAGCAACACGUGUUUUGGAGAGCCAUUUCCAGUCUCAGAAGGAGUGCUACGAAAAGGAGAUUGAAGCUUUGAAUUUCAAAGUGGUGCAUCUAAGUCAAGAAAUCAACCACCUGCAGAAGUUAUUCAGAGAAGAAAAUGACAUCAAUGAAAGCAUCCGUCUUGAAGUGACCAGGCUAACAUCAGAGAAUAUGAUGAUCCCAGACUUUAAACAGCAAAUUUCAGAAUUGGAGAAGCAGAAGCAAGAUCUUGAAAUCCGCCUGAAUGAACAAACUGAGAAAAUGAAAGGAAAACUAGAAGAAUUGUCUAAUCAGUUAAAUCGCAGUCAAGAGGAGGAAGGAACACAAAGAAAGGCCAUGGAAGCCCAGAAUGAAAUACAUACCAAAGAGAAGGAGCAGCUGAUUGAUAAGAUUCAAGAAAUGCAGGAGGCUAGUGACCACUUGAAGAAACAAUUUGAAACUGAAAGUGAAGUCAAGAGUAACUUCUGGCAGGAAGCAUCUCGGCUCACUUUGGAAAACAGGGAUCUUGAAGAAGAAUUAGACAUGAAGGACAGAGUGAUUAAAAAGCUACAAGAUCAAGUCAAGACACUAAGCAAGACAGCUGGAAAAGCCAAUGAUGUGCACUCGUCCUCAGGACCUAAGGAAUACCUUGGAAUGCUGCAAUACAAGAGAGAAGACGAGGCCAGGCUCAUUCAGAACCUCAUUCUUGACUUGAAGCCCCGUGGCGUGGUGGUGAACAUGAUCCCCGGGCUGCCGGCUCAUAUCCUGUUCAUGUGUGUGCGCUACGCAGACUCUCUGAAUGAUGCCAACAUGCUGAAGUCCCUCAUGAACAGCACCAUUAAUGGCAUCAAGCAGGUGGUUAAGGAACAUUUAGAAGACUUUGAAAUGCUGUCUUUUUGGCUUUCCAACACUUGCCAUUUUCUCAAUUGCCUGAAGCAGUACAGCGGAGAAGAGAACGUACAUGCUACCCCAAGCAUCAUGAACUCAUUUGAUAUAAAUCAGACAUUAAGUUUUAAGGAAUUCAUGAAGCAUAAUAGUCCACAUCAGAAUAAGAAUUGCUUGAACAAUUUUGACCUUUCAGAAUACAGACAGAUUCUCAGUGAUGUGGCUAUACGAAUAUAUCAUCAAUUUAUUAUCAUAAUGGAAAAGAAUAUCCAACCAAUAAUAGUGCCAGGCAUGCUGGAGUACGAGAGCCUGCAGGGCAUUUCCGGCCUGAAGCCCACAGGCUUCCGGAAGCGCUCCUCCAGCGUAGACGACACGGACGCCUACACCAUGACCUCCGUCCUGCAACAGCUGAGCUACUUCUAUACCACCAUGUGCCAGAACGGCCUGGACCCCGAGCUCGUGAGGCAGGCGGUGAAGCAGCUCUUCUUCUUGAUCGGGGCGGUCACGCUGAACAGCCUCUUCCUGCGCAAGGACAUGUGCUCCUGCAGAAAAGGGAUGCAGAUCAGGUGCAAUAUCAGCUACUUAGAAGAAUGGCUUAAAGAUAAGAAUUUACAGAACAGCUUAGCAAAGGAAACUUUGGAGCCCCUCUCUCAGGCAGCCUGGUUGCUUCAGGUCAAGAAGACCACAGACAGUGAUGCUAAGGAGAUCUACGAACGCUGCACCUCACUGUCUGCUGUACAGAUCAUAAAGAUCCUUAAUUCAUACACGCCUAUAGAUGACUUUGAGAAGAGAGUGACUCCAUCCUUUGUUCGCAAAGUACAGGCUCUCCUAAAUAGCCGCGAGGAUUCAUCACAGCUGAUGUUGGAUACCAAAUAUCUGUUUCAAGUCACAUUUCCUUUUACCCCCUCUCCACAUGCUCUGGAAAUGAUUCAGAUCCCCAGCAGUUUCAAGCUAGGCUUUCUGAAUAGGUUAUAGCAAGAGAAAAAGUCAAGGCACUUUUUCCUCAAAAGCUAAGUGAAGGUUCAAUAUGAGGGAUGUGGUUUAUUAAUUGGCAGUGGAAAUUGGAAUGUGAUUUAAGGAAGAAAAUAGACUUUUCUCAAAUGGACCACAUCAUCUCUCACCCACAGUGACAGUGCUGCUGCUGCUGCAAUUUUUUGUAAGAAUUCACACACACCAGCUGUCGUUGGAAAAGCCAUGUCUCCCUCUCAAAUCUCAGCUGGUUUUGACUGAAAUUCCUGGAGGGCUCAUAUUUUCUUCCACAUGCCUCUUGAUCUGUUCUGUCUGUGGCAGGGCUCUACCAGGAGAGAGUGAGAUCUGGGGACACAGUGGCUUCCAAGUUUUCUAAGGUUCAUGUGAAGCCUGAGUACAUUUACAAAGCUGCAAGUGGAUUCCAGGGCUCAGUCUUCCAGGAAAUAAUCCCAUUUGGCCACCAUGGCCUGCCAAAAACUCUCUUGCCCCAUGCCUGCUGGAGAUGGAAGGUUUUCAUGAACUUGUUUUACUGAAAAUGCCCUGCAUUUAGAAAUG